UUUAUUGAAUUUAUACACUUCUCUGUACAAGGGUUUCAAGGAUAAGUUUUUCCGCUUAAGGCUGACAAAAAAAAUGCCGAACCUUAUUGACAAUAUCCCUGGGUUGAUUUGCGGAUGUACAUAGAAUGGGCGACCUUCAAAAUAAAGGAAUGGCGCCAAGCAAACCUGGAAUAAUGAGAUUGCUUGAGGAUAAGGCGAGGAGGGACGUGGCUGAGGUUGUUGCUGCCAAAGUCGUUGCUGCUACAGCAAAUGACACUACUGGUGGGUCGGUUACACCGACUAAUAAUUUGGUGGAGAAGGAAAAUGAUGACAGUCAGCGAAGAAAUGUCCUCAGACAUGAUGUUCGCAAAAAUGAUCUCAUCAAUUUGGGUGAAUCUCAAGACCAUCCUGGUUCGACCAAGUCUGAUCUUCAGUCUCCAGUGGAUGCGAAUGUUGGCGAUAACUGGGAUUUUCAAGAUUUCCAGUGGAUGCGAAUGUAGGCGAUAACUGGGAUUUUCAAGAUUUGGGGCAUGCCCCAAAUCAGGCUAAGUCAUUUUUUUGACAUGGCCUUUCCUUACUCAAAACAUAACCGAGUCCAUAACUACUUGGAAGUCGACCGUGAAAGGUUGUCUACUUCAAGGAUCAUUAGUUGUUGUCGAGGUAUAUAUUCAGGCCGAGGCUAACAGAUUGACUGUUAUCGACGUUGCCACUAAAGACAAAGCCAGGGAGCUAUAUCAUGAAAGGAAACAACUAGAAAAGAACAAGUUUGCCUUGGUUAAGGAUUUGGAACGGUUGAGUACCGAAAUGCGAAUUUUAAAGUUGAAAAGUUGAAGCUGGAGCAGGAUAGGGUCGAGUUUGAUAAAGAUAAGAAACUUUUUGCUGAUGAAGAAGCUUAGAUAAAAUCCGAGAUUGAGAAGCUCCGCAAAUCAAAAAAUGAAGCCCUUGAGGAGAUUAAUGUGUUGACUGCUCGGCUAGAAUCCCUGGACAUAGAGAUCAAAAAGAUAAAGGUCAAAGUGACAAAUGAGAAGACUAAGUUUGCCGCUCAAUUGUUAGUCCCGCGUGCCGACUUCAGCUUCACUAGUCCUUUCAAGGAAGUUGUUAACGACCAAAUUGUUGAAUUCGAGGAUUGAUUUUUCUUCUUCAUUGUUGUUUGAAAAAACAUGUACGUUUUUUUUUUGCUUCUAUAUUUAAAUUAUGUAUGUGUCGAUCGACUUUUGAAUGACAAUCACUUUUUUUUUUUCA